UAUUGGCAGCUCUGUGAUUGAUCCGACAGCGCUCGCCCGCCGACCUGGCUUCCAGACGGACUCUGCGCGACCCCUGAGUCCCCGGCUCGCUCCGGGCCCCUAAACUGACAGGUGCUCCCUGCAAGUCGCCGGUGACUUCUCGCCGCUCCCCCGCGUCCCCACCCCCUCUUUCCUCUUUCGUCUCCCUCCCUCUCCCCCCCCUCCAGCCCCCACCACUUCGGCACAGCUCAGGAUUUGUUUAAACCUUGGGGAACUGGUUCAGGUCCAGGUUUUGCUUUGAUCCUUUUCAACAAACUGGAGACACAGAAGAGGGCUCUAGGAAAAAAGUUUUGGAUGGGAUUAUGUGGAAACUACCCUGCGAUUCUCCGCUGCCAGAGAAGGCUCGGCGCUUCCACUCCGGUGCAGCCUUCCCCGGGCGGUGGUGAUAGGCUCGGAGUCGCCGCUUCCCCAGUGCCCGCCGCGAGCGAGCAAUCGCCCCAAUCAGCCAAAUGCUCCUCUUCGGCCUUCUCCUGCUGACAUCUGCCCUGGCCGGCCAGAGACUCGGCGCGCAGGCAGAGUCCAACCUGAGCAGUAAGUUCCAGUUCUCCAGCGACAAGGAGCAGAACGGUGUUCAAGAUCCCCAGCAUGAGAGGGUUAUUACUGUGUCUUCAAAUGGGAGUAUUCACAGCCCAAGGUUUCCUCACACAUAUCCAAGAAAUAUGGUCCUGGUAUGGAGAUUAGUGACAGCUGAGAACAUGUGGAUACAGCUUACAUUUGAUGAACGGUUUGGAUUAGAAGACCCAGAAGAUGAUAUUUGCAAGUAUGAUUUUGUAGAAGUUGAAGAACCCAGCGAUGGAACUGUGUUAGGGCGCUGGUGUGGUUCUGGCGCUGUACCAGGGAAACAAAUUUCUAAAGGAAAUCAAAUCAGGAUAAGAUUUGUAUCUGAUGAGUAUUUUCCUUCUGAACCAGGAUUCUGCAUCCACUACAACAUUGUGGCUCCACAAGUCACAGAAGCUGUGAGUCCUACAGUGUUACCCCCUUCAGCUUUACCACUGGACCUGCUUAAUAAUGCGGUUACUGCCUUUAGUACCUUGGAAGAUCUUAUUCGCUAUCUUGAACCAGACAGAUGGCAGCUGGACUUAGAAGAUCUGUAUAGGCCAACGUGGCAGCUUCUUGGCAAGGCUUUUGUUUUCGGAAGAAAAUCCAGAGUUGUGGAUCUGAACCUCCUGAAAGAGGAGGUAAGAUUAUACAGCUGCACACCUCGGAACUUCUCAGUGUCCAUACGGGAAGAGCUAAAGAGAACCGACACCAUUUUCUGGCCAGGUUGUCUCCUGGUGAAACGUUGUGGAGGAAACUGUGCCUGCUGUCUCCACAACUGCAAUGAAUGUCAGUGUGUCCCCAGCAAAGUCACCAAGAAAUAUCACGAGGUCCUUCAGUUGAGACCAAAGAUUGGAGUCAGAGGACUGCAUAAAUCACUCACUGAUGUGGCCUUGGAACACCAUGAGGAAUGUGACUGUGUAUGUAGAGGGAACACAGGAGGGUAGUUGUGCCCAAUGAGCAUCCUAAACCCAGUGCUGUCAGGGGCAGCUUCUGGCUUUGUUAGAAAAUUUAGGCAUUAUCUCCACCCAUAAUCUCAGUUGUUGGCUUCAAGGACCUUCCAUCUGCUCAAGAGGAGUGGAGUUAGGAGUUGUGAAGAAGAACUUCAGAGAAGAGGCCCAAAGGACUAGAGAACAAGUCUGCAAAUCAUGAGGAAAAUUAAAACUAAAUGUCUAUCGAUCACUAGCCACUGACAGAGUUGAUGUAUUCUUUUUUAACUAGCUACAUUCUAUAUUUUAUCCUGUUGUGGCUUAGGUUAAUGUCAGUAAAAGAAAAACCUGUACAAAUGAGCAUCUGACUUAUUUACCCUGCUUAACACAAAAACUCAUUGUUGUGGGCCUAAAAUUAUAGGAAAUCUAGAAUUUUCCCUUUAUAUUUGCAUAAAUAAACCAGAAUACUCUAUGUUCUCUAAACUUAGUUUUGGAAGAGGAACUAUGUUGCUACAGUUUAAACUGGUGCCAUUGGAAAGACUGGAUUUUUCCAUACUUCUUAUUCAAACAUCAACCAUUUGGAAAAAGAGACCUUCAUUUAGGGUUCAAAGGAGGAGAACCCGAAGAAAAGAAGAGUAGCCUUACCUUCAUUUUAUUCAUAAGUUGGUUCAUGUGUUUUAAUGUGUACAUUUUUAUUUUCUUCUUUUGACAUUAUAACUGUUGGCUUUUCUAAUCUUGUGAAAUAUAUCUAUUUUUACCAAAGGUAUUUAAUAUUCUUUUUUAUGACAAUAUAGAUCAAUUAUUUUAGCUUUGCAAUGUUUAUUUUCUAAACAGAAUUGUUAUAGCCAGAGGGACAAAGGUGAUAUAAAAUAUAGUUGCUCUGCCAAAAACAUGUAUUUUUCCUCUUGUAUGGUGCUUGAGCUUAGACUAAUCUACAUUUUUAAAAUAUGGAAGUGGAAAAUCAAAAGAACUGGUAAAUCACAAAGAUUUUUGGGAAACGAUUAAAUUAUCCUUUCUUCCAUCUCUGCUAUCAGGAUGCAAAUAAACAGCAAUUAAUGAAAGGUAGACAUUCAGAUUUAGUCAUUAUUAAUGUAACCUGUCCUUGGGGGAAAUAGAAACUUAGCUCAGGAGAACUUAAAGCACUUGAUAAAAUUGACUGGACGACUUCCUAACAAAGCAUGUUGUGCUAUAGGAACACAUCCUAUUUAUUGAGAUGCUAGGGUUUUUCUUACCUUUGAACUCUGUUCCAUACACUUGUAUAAAUACAUUAUUAUUUUUAUGUACAGAAGCAUAUCCUUUAACUAGUUCACUUAUUGUACUCUUUGGCAAUUGACAUGAAAAUUAGUAAAAUACUUUGCUUGUAAAAUGCGUAAUAUUGUGCCUAGGUUGUGUGGUGAUUCUUUGAAUUAAAAAUGUAUUGAAUAAUUGAAUAAAAGAAUGUGGCUAUUUUGGGGAAAAACUCGUGUGUGUGUGUGUGUGUGUGUGUGUGUGUGCGCGCGCGCGCGCACGCACACACGCGCAUUUCAUCUCGUUUAGAUUCUGAGAAAAUGAAAAUGCUGAAAUUUUGUGUUACCAAGGUUUUUAUUAUGCAAAACUCACAUUAAUUAAAAAGACCAUAGAGAAAGGAACUAUUUAGAGUCCAAGCCUGAUACAUCUUCCUGUUAUUUUGGAACAGUAAUUUUCUUUCCUUCACUGGUCUUAAUGAUUUCUGAUUAAUUAAACUGCACCUGUCAUAAAGUAACCUGUGACUUUUG